AUGUUCAAAGUUUCCGCUAAAAAUCUCUUCUUGCUCUCCCUAAAGCGCUUCCUGGGAACAUCGGCCGCGUUGUCUUGUUCGUCGUCGUCGUCGCUGCCGCUGAUUGAUUGUCUUGUGAAGUCGCUUGGUCUUCCUUUGGAAUCCGCCCUUUCCGUCUCCCAGAAACUCGGUGCCCGCCGAAACGGCGUCGAAAGAGCCGAUUCCGUGAUCAAGUUCCUGCGUUCCUGCGGAUUCGGCAAAGCGCAGAUAGUGAAAUUGGUCAUUAACGGGCCGUCGCUCCUCCUGUCGAAUGUGGAAUCGAAUCUCAAGCCAAAAUUAGAGUAUUUCCGUGAUGAGAUCGGAGUGUCGGAUUCGGUCUUGCUCGGCGCAAUUGCUGGGAACAGUAGGUUUUUUGGUAGAAGCUUGGAUUCGUACUAUAAGCCACAGAUUGAUUUCCUUAAGAAGUAUCUGACGACCUCCAAUGCGUUGGAUAUUGCGAUUAAGCGCUGUUCCUGGCUUUUAACUGUAGACCGCAAGUAUUUAUUGGAACCUAAUAUCGAUCUCCUGAUGAAGGAGGGAGUGAGAUUUGAUGAUGUAGGGAUUCUGAUGCUGUAUCAACCUAGGACAUUAGUGACAAAGGUUGAGAAGAUGGCUUCUGCUGUUAAAGCCGUCAAGCGUCUCGGGAUGGAACCAUCCUCGGCGAAAUUCAUACACUGUCUCAGGGUGAUGUUGUCGAUGAAUGAGUCGACUUGGCAUAAGAAGGUCGACAAUUUCAAGAGUUUGGGUUGGUCGCAAGAGGAGUGCUGGUCCAUGUUUGUGCGUCGCCCGUCCUGUUUGGCUCUUUCCGAAGAGAAGAUUAGGAGGACAGUUGAUUUUUAUUUGAACACCGCAUCGAUAGCUCGGGAGGUUAUCUUCGGUAAGCCUUUGCUUCUUCAGUUUUCAGUCGACAAAAGGCUUCGUCCAAGGCAUGGUGUGAUUACAGUUCUGCGGUCCAAGGGCCUCCUUAAAAAGCAAAAUUCCAUUGUAAAGCCGUUCCAACUAUCUGAGAAGAUGUUCUUGGAGAAAUACGUGAUGAAGCACCUGGAACGAGUUCCGCAUCUGAUGGAGAUGUACAGGGCCUCCACCGCCGCAUGA